AAACAGACAGGUAGUUGCUGGAGGUAGGUGGUGCUAUUGGCGCAAGGGGCGCAAACUUCAGUAUAAAUGGAUGCGUAUUCUUCGGCCGACACAGUUGUUAUGAUGAUAAACGUCGAGGGUAGAGGUGAGCGCCCGGUGAUCUCCUCGACUUGACUACGUCUGCAGUAACUUUAAUGAUGCUCCGUUGGAGGAUCUGAAGUGUGUUUUCGUGUGUGUGUGUGUGUGUGUGUGCACGCGCGCUGCGACGGAUCAGUUUUGGAGUCGCCAGCAGUGCGCUUCAGCUUGGAUAUAAGACACACGAUCUGCAGGACUGGUCACGUCGGUUUCCUAAAGUUUAACUUUGUUGGCUUCUUGAGUGCAUUUUUACAGUGGGAUCUAUUCUUGUGGAGUGCGUUUGGAGCUGUUAACUUUGUGGGGGGAGCUGCGUUGCUCUGGUAUGGGUGAGAGCGUGCGUAUCGGGCAGAUAUGUUUUCGCUCUGUGGAAGUUUAGCCCUGCGCCCGCUCUCCUAAACUCCCAUCUUUGCAUUUUGAUUAUUACACGUUAACUGAACUCUGCAGGAGGUCUACAACGACGGGAGGAAAUGGCCAACGAGCGGAAACCGCGGCUUUGUCUCAUGACAAAAGGGGAGAACGGGUAUGGAUUUCACUUGCAUGGCGAGAAAGGGAAGAGCGGACAGUUCAUCCGCAAAGUGGAGCCUGGUUCUCCUGCAGAAGCGUCGGGGCUGCGUGCUGGAGACCGAGUGGUUGCAGUGAAUGGGGUCAACGUGGAGAAAGAGACACACCAUCAGGUGGUGCAGAGGAUCAAAACCAUAGACCACGAGACCAGGUUGCUGGUGGUGGACCACGAGACACACGAAAGUCUGCGCAGUCUGCGCCUCACAGCCACAGAGGAGAUGGCCGUUCUCGGGACGGGACCUCCCUCCUCAUCCCCUCCCCUGGCAACCCCAACCCCGUCCCCUUCCCCGUCCUCAGUCCCGUCCUCCCCCAGCAAGAAUCGGGAGAACGGCUCAGUGUCCAAGCAGCAGCCGGUCGUGCCGAGCAGCCAGGUGCAGAAGCCCACCAGGAGGUCACCGUCUAAAGCUGCAAAGAAGGAGGCUCUUGCUCAGGCUGAAGCUCAGACCCAGGCGCAGUCCCAGCCACGGCCCCAGGUCGACCCGUCCGAGCUCAUCCCGCGUCUCUGCCACCUGGUGCGCUCUGAGACGGGCUAUGGCUUCAACCUCCACAGCGACCGGUCGCGGCCCGGACAGUACAUCCGCUCCCUGGACCCAGGAUCACCCGCAGACCGGGCCGGGCUCCGGCCACAGGACAGACUCAUUGAGGUAAAUGGUGUGAACAUUGAGGGCAUGCGGCAUGCAGAGGUGGUGGCCUUCAUAAAGAAAGGGGGAGACGAGACCUGGCUGCUGGUUGUCGAUCCAGACACAGAUGAACACUUCAAGAGGAGAGGAAUUAUCCCCACAGUCAGUCAUCUCAAAGAGUAUGAUGGCCCGUCCAUAUCCAAUGGCUCCCCCAGCCCUCAGAUCAAUGGCAGCUCCACCACACAAUCCAUCAGGUCCACACGCUCUGACCUCAGCAGCCAGGGCAACAGCACACAGCUGGCGGAUGACGAGGGUGGCCGGCUGCAGGACCCGUUUGCCGAGAUGGGCCUGAGUCUAAGCGCUACGGCAGCAGAGGAAAAGAUGAAGGUCCAUGCCAAAGAAAAGAGGAAGGCACCACAGAUGGACUGGAUGAAGAAAUAUGAACUCUUCAGUAAUUUUUGAGACAUUCUCCUCCAAGGACUCUUCAAAGACAAAAAGGACAGAGCUGUCUGCAGAACAUCUGCAUGGACGAGCUUGUGCUGUGGGAGAACGUCCCUCGUACUACACAGAUCAUGUUUUUUUCUCAUAGAAAGAAGACUCAAUACAACAGAAGAUCAAUUGUUCCUGGAAUUAAAAGUGACAAAAAGAUGAGCUGUCCAAUGGAUUUUACUUUUUCUGCCACUUAAACAGCUACUUUUCCCUCAUCAAAGUACAAUAAAGUGUUGACCGACUGCAAAAACUGUGUACACAUUGCUAAAAUCACACUGUUAAGAGGUCGGAUGACCUUAAAAAGCUUCACAGACAUGUGCUUGUAUCAGAUGGGAGCAUUGCAAACAAGAUUCACAAAUUUGCCUAAAUCCUCCUCAUUUUUCCCUUUACUUUAAUCAUCCCAUCCUCCCUACACACAGAGACUAAUUUCAAACAAAUAGGGAGGAGACAGUUAUUUUUAUAUUUAAAAAGUAUAAACAGCUAUGAAUAAACAGUAUCCCAUCAUCAUGGACUGCUUUUCAAAUAGUUUUAUGGACACUGUGACAUUAAUGAUUGUGGACAUUUUGGGAGUUUUGGCCCAUCAGUCAAAGGAAGCCUAAACUUGGCAGAAGAUCACUGUGAACGAGCUGAGACCCUCCACCUCCAGCCGACCCAGAUGUUUGAUGAUAACCACUGACAAAGAAAAGGAUGGCUGUGUGUACUGGUUGUGUAUAAUCUAUUCUAUGUGUAUUUGUAUUUUUACAUUGAGAUUAUAAAGCAGUCGUGAGCUUAAGCCCAGAUAUGCACCAGCUGAAAUGCUGCAGAUCAGCCCUGCUUUAUUCAGAAAGAAUUCAUGUUGCUUGUUAUUUAGCACUCAGUCUUAAUACAUGUAUCACCACUAACCUCUCUUCCAAAAUUGUGCUCGGGUGCGUAUGUGCAUAACAGAGGAAAGCACCACUAACAUUAAUGCAUUAAUUAAGUAAAUAAUGGAAACUGGAACCUAGGACAGAGGAAUAUCUAUGUGUCUUAGGGCAAGUGGCCUAUUGAAUGAGUUUCUCAUUGUAGAGAGCUUGAUGUGUACAGCAGAGGGCAAACUUCCACCACAAAUAGAGCCCUCUAUUGGCACUAAACAGAGUAGAUGUUUAUCCAGAUGUCAUUCAUCAUCUCACAAUGUACCUAAAACUAAAAUUAAUUCAGGUGCAGUUGAGGAAGGAAACUCAAUACAGUUUGACAGUUUAUUCUCACUAGUAUUACUGAAGGUGGAUGUGAAGGAAAGAAUAACUGAGAGAUAGUCAUUCAGAUGUUAUGUGAGGGACGCUUUUACUUUUAUGUAGUUAUUAUGUUAUAUUUACACUUUUAACUGUGAUGUGAAAGCAAGCUGAUAAAUGUGAAGGCACAGGGUUGAUAUGAUUUUAUAACCAGCUGUGGAAGGAAUAUUGUUUAAAGGCUGGCAAGGCAGCCAACUUCUAAUAAAUCAGUAUUAGAGAUUGAACAGACUACAGCUACGGUAACCCUUCAUUAAUGAAUAACUCUAAAAAUUAAACUGAAACGAUUUACAAGAGAUUUUCUCAAAAGAUAUUAGUCAAGUUAGUGUGUCAUCUUGAUUUAUGGGUGGUUUCAAAUCUUCCUGUUGAUGAAAUUUAAGGCAAAAAGAUGAAAUGAGUUUAACUGAUGGGUGAAACUGUCCUGAGGGCAUGUUUCAAUAGUUAAAAGUUAAACAUUUUUGGGAAACGCACUUAGUCGCUUUCAGCCAGAGAGUUAGAUAAAUAGAAUCAAACUACUCCUGUUUGUACAGUAAUUAUGAAGCUACACCUAGCAGCAGGUUAGCGUAGCUUGGAAAACAGGGGAAACAGCUAGCAUGGCUCAUCCAAAGUUAAACAAAUCCACCUACUAGCAUUUCUAAUUACCACCUAAUAUAUCUUUUGUUUACUUAAUGCAAAAACUAAUGUGUAAAAAUGACAAUUUUCUAUUUGUGUGUCUGACUUGUAUGUGUUAACUUUAUGGAGUCCUGAAGCUGUUUCCCAUGGCAACAGCUCAGCGGUAAAAAAAAUAUAUAAUACAGAUAAUGGUCAUUUUUACUCAACAGCCUUUGUACAGAUUUUACAAAUGAAAUAUAAAAUGUUGAUUAGUAAGCUUUUUAGAGAUGUUGAUAGGCAGACUUUGUUACAGCUGGACAGAGCCAAGCUAGCUGUUUCCCAAUGUUUCCAGUCUUUGUGCUAAGCUAAGCUGCUGCUGCUGUACAGCUUUGAAUUUUCUCUCCACCAGAAAGCAAAUAAGUAUAUUUGCCAAAAUGUCAGACCAUUCCUUUAAUUGAAUAAGGAGCAAGAAAGAAAGCAGGGUUAAGGCUGAAAGGUGCAACUGCCAUGUUUUCAGAUGAAGGGAUGUGAUCAGGUACAACAUGAGCAGUGUGUGUUAGCAUGUUAUGGGGAGAGAGUGUAGGAGACACAAAGAGAGAGGUCAGAGAUGCUCUGGAGGAUCUAGUGAAAGAGACUGUGGGAGCCAUGGAGCUUACUGAGGAUUAUUACACAUACAGGGACAGCUGUCAUACACAUGCUCACACACAUUUGGAGCUCAAUCUGUGUGAGCAUGUGUGUAGACAAGAUAUCCAUGCCACAACCCAAGCUACACUGAUAUAACACAAGUGGUAGAAAUGUCAGUCAUCUAUGUGGAGAACUUUUUUUUUCUUUUUUGCUACCCAUUCAUAGUCUUAUUCUUACUUUACAGAGCCCACACGAAAAGUAGUGUCUGUGUGUGCAGUAGGGUUCACUCUGUAUGUUGUGACAGUCACAGAAAAAACACUGUGGCUGUUACUAUGGCUGAUGCACAUGUAUAUAAUGAAAAAGCAUACAGUAUAUAUGGCAGGUUGCAUUUUUUUCAAUAAAGUGUGACAAUUGCGUUUUGAAUAUAUUAAA